AUGUAUCUCCCUUCGCUCUUCAUCUUACCACUCCUCUUCAUCUCCUCUCAGGCUGGAGUGCUCGAUUUCUGUGUUGCAGACCUAUCAUUGCCUAAUGGACCUGCAGGCUAUUCAUGCAAGACACCUGCCAAAGUCACUGAAAACGAUUUCGUGUAUCAUGGCUUGGCCACUGCUGGAAACACUACCAACAUUAUCAAAGCUGCUGUGACACCGGCCUUUGACGCCCAAUUUCCAGGCGUAAACGGCCUCGGUGUUUCCAUAGCGCGGGUCGACCUUGCGGCGGGCGGUGUCAUUCCGUUCCACACCCAUCCAGGAGCAUCAGAAAUCCUGGUUGUCAUCCAGGGGACAAUUUAUGCAGGUUUUAUAUCGUCCUUCGACAAUGUUGUUUACCUCAAAACUCUUAACAAAGGGGAUGUUAUGGUAUUCCCUCAAGGAUUAUUGCACUUCCAAGUGAAUUCUGGCAAGAUUCCAGCUAUCGGAUUUGUUAGUUUUGGCAGUUCAAAUCCAGGUCUCCAAAUCACAGAUUUUGCCUUCUUUAAGAAUGAUUUGCCGACUGAAGUGCUUGCCGACACAACUUUUCUCGACAUUGAACAGAUCAAGAAACUCAAGGGUGUUCUUGGUGGCACGAACUGA